AAAAAAAGGGAGAAGACCAAUGAAGGAGGAUGGGGUGGUCCAUCUGAUUCUGCAAUCCCCACUUAGCUGACUGCCUGUGAACCUCUAGAGGAGGUCUGGGGCAGUUCCCGGGCAGGGAGGAUGGAGCUUACUUCCAUUCUCCCUAUUUCUGGGCUCCUAUUUGCUGCUCUGUCCAGCAAGAGGCAGAAAAACUCCUUGGGCACCCUGGGGUGACAUGCACUUCCCAGGCUGCGGAGGCUCCCAAUAGAAGCCAAAAGGCUUUGGUGAGGGUCCUCGGGCCUAGGCACACAGACUAAGGUCGAAACUCCUGCGUCAGAGGAUGUAUGUGCAUAGGGCAGGGGCUGACCACAAGGACCUGAAACCUCAGAGGUGAGGCCUGCUUCCAAUGGGGCUGCAGCUGGCUGGAGCGUGUAGGCCACUCUGCCUUCAUCCAGGCCCAGGACUUAAGAUAUGGUCCUUGCCUUUGUCAACCUAAAUAACAGGCUCUCUCAAAGAAAAUAGUAUCUCUUUGGGCAUAGGGCAUUGCAAAGGUAGUAUCCAUGCCAUAGUAAACUAUAUGGGUAUUCAGGGAGGUAAAGAAAGAAAGGCUUUAAGGGAAAAAAUAGGAUUACAUAAUUGUUUUGAGAUAAUUAUCCUUAGGUAGAAGAAUUAGUAACAAGGGUGACCAGUUCAACGUUGGACAGGAAAGUUGCUGGGCAGAUGGCCAUUCAAAAGUAUGUUUUGUGCAAGGUUGGGGUUUUUGCAGAAUCUUUGUGAUAGUUUUCAUUAUCAGAUAUUUAUGCAUGAGAACCCUCUUGUCAUGGUUUUCUCGGGCUCUGUCCGGGUUUUUUUGUUGUUUUUUUAACACAAGUGACUCCAAUUAGAUUAACAACUUUUGCACUCUCAGGACACUCAAAGCCUAAGCCACCUCUACCCCUACGUUGUCAAACGCGAUGGGAGUGUAGUAAGGCCACCUCCUUCUCUGGUGCUUUGUUCCCUGCAACCACGAGUAGUAAUCCAUCACACACCUGCUUCCCGAGAAUCCUCGAGAAGGAAUGAGAAGGAAUCGGCCGAAGGGCUUCAGCAUCCAGAAAGCCCCGAAAGCGCCACAAACAAGGCUCUUCCUCGGGCUCCCCGGUGCUGCCCCGGGCGCGCGCCAUCCACCCGGCUGACAAAAAGCACCAGGACAUGACCCAGUCCCAUUUGAUUUCUGUCCAGAGGUGGCGGACUCACCUCGGGGCUGGGAUAGAGGACGGGUCGGGGUCGCUACGCUUUUUGCAGAAGGGUCAAAAGACUGAUGAGGGUGGUAAGGAGCUGACGCCCGCGCUCUAACGGGGCGUCCUGGUCAAGGAGGCUGGGCCGCGCCCCGUCAGCCAUGGGGAUCCUGGAAGUGCUUCUGCCUCGACGUCCACCCAACAGGGUGCUGCCAGACUCCGCUGCGCUCCUGAGUUGCUCCUCACGGAAUUCCAGCCGCCCGACAUGGGUGUCUCACUUUCGGGUUCUGGGCCACGUCGGGGCGGCGGAGGACCCGGGGGGCCGGGCGGGAGAGUGGGAAAGGUGGGGCGGGAAAGCCGAGAGAGGCCCUCACCCGCCUUCCUGUUGGCGGGGGCGGCAAGUGGGUUUUUCUUGCGUUCAGAUUUUGCAAUAAUUUGCAGCUGGACAUGGGAUAUGGGAGACAAGGCUGCUCCUCGCAGUACACCCACCCACGCCCACACCUCCCUCGGCGAAGCGUGUCGCAGCGGGUUCCAGCGCAGGGUAAAGAGCUUCCACGACCAGAAAACCGAAAGCGCGCCGCGCACGCGCGCCAAGGAGUUCGGCGACUGCCCCGCCCCUUCCGCGCCUUUGGGGGUGGGGACAGUGCGGCUUCCGCUGGGAGCCUGGAACCGAGCCCGGCAGCCGGGGGCUGGGCGCCAGUGCCCACUCCGCUAGCCCCAACCCGCAGACGGUUCCCUGUCUCCCGCGCCCCAAUUUCGAUUUUCAGACCCAACUCCUACAGGAUUCUGAGACCCCGGCCCAUCUCCCCACAUCCCAUUUCCAGCUGCAAAUUACUGCAGAGUCUGAACCCAAGAAAGAAACCCGUUUGCCGUCCCCGCGUCUUCCCUCGCCAGACAGGUGGAGGGUGGGUGAGGGUCUCGCUCGGCUUUCCCCCUGCACCUUUCCUACCCUCCCGCCCGUCCCUGGGGUCCUCCGUCACGCCGGCCAUGGCCCAGAAGCCGAAGGUGGACCCCCACGUCGGGCGUUUGGGAUACCUGCAGGCGCUGGUCACGGAAUUCCAGGAGACCCAGAGCCAAGACGCCAAGGAGCAAGUCCUCGCCAACCUCGCCAACUUCGCUUAUGACCCCAGCAACUACGAGUAUCUGCGGCAGCUGCAGGUCCUGGAUUUAUUUCUCGAUUCGCUGUCGGAGGAGAACGAGACCCUGGUGGAGUUUGCUAUUGGAGGCCUGUGCAACCUGUGCCCAGACCGGGCCAACAAGGAGCACAUCCUGCAGGCAGGAGGCGUCCCACUCAUCAUCAACUGCCUGUCCAGCCCCAACGAGGAGACGGUGCUGUCUGCCAUUACCACGCUCAUGCACCUGAGCCCCCCGGGCCGCAGCUUUCCCCCGGAGCUGACCGCCGCGCCCGUGGUGCAGUGCAUGCUUCGCUUCUCCCUCUCGGCCAGUGCCAGGCUCCGGAACCUGGCACAGAUCUUCCUGGAGGACUUCUGCUCCCCACGCCAGGUGGCCGAGGCCCGCAGCCGGCAGGCGCACUCUGCCCUGGGUAUCCCACUGCCGAGGAGCAUGGCCCCACGGCAGCGCUGAUCCACGGGGACCACGAGACUGUAGCACCCCUACUGCCGGAGACCACGGUCCUGAUGUGGACACAAGGAACAGGGGGAGCAUAUGCUGCCCCACUGGUGCCUUUUCAGCCAUUUGAAAGGCGGGUUCUUUCAGCAGGACAGGCAUUUACACUGUGAUGAAACGCCGUCGGGAGUGAGGAAGCCAGACUCCGAGGCACGCGGAGAUCAAAGUGGAGCUGCUUUCACAGGCCGGCACUCUCUACUCUACGUCUGGUGCCACCACUGCCAGGCUCAGGCCCUGGUGUAAGAAGUGGCCAAGUGCCUGGACCCAGAGGCUUCGCAGUACAGUGUUCUCAAGAGCUGGGACUGAGGCUUAGGAGAGCUGCCUUUGCUGCGGGAAAUCAGGGAUUAUCCCUUAACAGAAGUGUCUGGAGUAGUUUUCAGGGAUAGGAAUGAGAUGCCUCAUGGUAAAAGGAUCUCACCCUGGGAAGAUGUGGUGCCCCCUUCGGGGCUGUGGAUACCUCCCCCAGGGGCUCCCCAAGCUGGGCAUUUGGGCCUGGUGGAUGCCAACCUGGAUAACCUGUGGCCCAGCAUUGACUGUCCACCCAGCCCUGCUAUCUGCUAGGCACCAUGAUUCCAAGAUGAAGAUAUGGUCCCUGCCCUUGAGUGACAGCCCAGUGACUUAAUGUGGCCAUUGGGCAUCAAGCACAAGGCCAUGCAGGUGAUGUGAUGGGGAGCCCUACCCCAGAAGUGUAUCUCAUGAGGGACACAGUGAAAAUGGUGCUCAAGGGAGACAGGAAGAGACAGCAACAUAAAGGAUGUGGCUUCAUGUCCACGGUGCCACCUGGUCAACAGAAGGUGCGUGGGACCUGAUGGAAAGUUGCUCAGGGAAAAUGGGGGGUCCUUGCCUCUUGUGUACCUCCUCAAGGCUGACCCCUUACAUGGCCCAGGAAUGGCAGGUGCUACAAGAAUGAUAUCCACAUGGGCAUGGAAAUGGUGCAGAUUCAGGGACCACUGGGCUCAGAGGGGAGGGAAGGGCUCAUCAGCACCCACCCAGGGAGCCUGUCCCUUUAUGUUCCCGAAUAAAGGGUCCUAGAAGACCAGAAAGCCAAGGUCUUUUAUUAAAGGGUUCCAACUGGUUUUCCCACUAUUUCCACGCAAGCCAGGGGCCAGCGGCAGCCUCUCGGGAGGUACCGGGUGGCUGGGCCUGGGGCCCGGCAGCACAGCGCUUAACGGUAUCUGCCUGUUCCACUCCACAGGGCCAGAGGCACCAGCACGAUGCCGCCCUGACUCGGCUCUGUGGUGGCCCCUGCCCGCCCUUCAGCUCCAGCUGCUGCCGGCGGCAUCCCCGCUCAUUCCCGCUGCGCGGCUCCUCGCUUGCUGUCUAAGAUCUCCCUCCAGUUGUCACUCCAGGAGAGCAACCGUCUCUUUGUCGGGGGCAGGACCAGGUGCCGAUUGUGACAGCAGGUGAACAAGAUGUGCUCCCAGCGCGGGGUCGCCUCGUCGCCUGGGACAAGAAAGGCAGCGCUGACAUCUGUAAUGGGCAUGAUUACUUCCUCUCCCUAAUCAGGGCAGGCUAGAGGCCUGGAGGCUGCCAAGGAUAACGGAUCCAACCUCGAA